AGUUGGACCACUGAACGGGCUUCCAGUGACCCUCCAGUGACCCGCUGCUGAGGGGGUAAGUCCGGAUCCAGUGUCCGGAUCAUGGCAUGUGGCCCACAUUGGACAUCCAGCACUGACCAUGGGGCUCAGGUCCAGGACUGUCGCUAGCUGCGGCGAGGAACAGAAGGGCAAAAAACAACCUCCUCCUACUCCUCACAGGGAUUUAGACCAAGGAACUGGGGGUGUGGAUAAGGAUGGGGCUCUGCUUCUGGUGGGUCCGGGCCGGGAAGACUUCAAAAGGGGGUCUCAGGGGAUUGGAAUCGGGUUGCUGGCUAAGACCCCCCUGAGCUACACCCGGCCGACCAAGAGCAAUAACAUCCGCAAGAGGAAGAUCCAGAACCUGAUCUAUGAUGCACUGGAGAGGCCCAGGGGGUGGGCGCUGCUGUACCAUGCCUUUGUGUUUUUGAUCGUCCUCGGCUGUUUAAUUCUGGCCAUUCUGACGACAUUCAGGGAACACGAGAAGCAGUCUGCACACUGGCUCCUCAUACUGGAAACUUUUGCCAUCUUCAUCUUUGGAGCAGAGUUUGCACUGAGGGUCUGGGCGGCAGGAUGCUGCUGUCGCUACAAAGGAUGGAGGGGGAGGCUGAAGUUCGCUCACAAACCUUUGUGCAUUUUAGAUAUCUUUGUGCUGAUCGCCUCAGUGCCAGUGGUGGCGGUGCGCAACCAAGGCAACGUGUUGGCCACGUCCCUGCGCAGCCUUCGCUUCCUACAGAUCCUGCGGAUGCUACGUAUGGACCGACGCGGAGGAACCUGGAAGCUGCUGGGCUCCGCCAUCUAUGCGCACAGCAAGGAGCUGAUCACGGCCUGGUACAUCGGUUUCCUGUCCCUCAUUCUGGCCUCCUUCCUGGUCUACCUGGUUGAGAAGGACGAUGUCUCAGUGGAGUCACCGGAACAUGAGGAUCCGACUGCUCAGCCCAAAGUUCAGGACUUUGACACGUAUGCUGACGCGCUGUGGUGGGGGCUGAUCACGCUGACCACCAUUGGUUAUGGAGACAAAACUCCAAAGACCUGGGCUGGGAGACUGUUAGCUGGAACCUUUACUCUGAUCGGAGUGUCUUUCUUCGCUUUGCCUGCAGGGAUUCUUGGUUCAGGUUUGGCUCUGAAGGUCCAGGAGCAGCACAGACAGAAACACUUUGAGAAGCGCAGACAUCCAGCUGCGGGGCUCAUCCAGUCUGCCUGGCGAUAUUAUUCCACUAAUCCAAUCAGGGACGACCUUAUUGCCACAUGGAGAUUCUAUGAAACAGUCAUUUCUCUGCCAUGUUUCAGGAAGGAUCAUCUGGAGGUCAUGGUGAGCCAAAAAUUGAGUUUAUUGGAGCGUGUUCGUCAUCCAAACACACGGACAUCACUGGGGACGGGAAAGAAGCUCAUGGGCCCCGCUGAGUCAGUGGAUGAAAGUCCUUCCAAGGAGCCCAAACCUGCUGGCUUCAGUAACCGGGAACGCUUCCGUACUGCCUUCCGCAUGAAGGCCUACAGCCUCCGCCAGAGCUCUGAAGAUACCGGAGCCUUGGCAGAUCCAGCCUUAGAGGACAGGGGCUUUCCCCCAGACCUCCUCCUGGAGGAGAUGAUCCCCACACUGAAACUGGUCAUCAGGGCUGUCAGGAUUUUACAGUUUCUCCUGAACAAGAAGCAGUUUAAGGAAACUCUGAGGCCUUACGAUGUCAAGGAUGUGAUCGAGCAAUAUUCUGCUGGACACCUGGACAUGCUGUGCAGAAUUAAAUACCUCCAGACAAGGAUUGACAUGAUUCUUGCACCUGGACCCCCCCUCACCCCAAAACACAAGAAAACUCCGAAACCGCCCUUUGCCUAUCCACCCAGUCAGUCGCCCAGGCAUGAGGCUGACCUGGCCAAACCUGCUUCCAUGCCAGAUGCUGAAGACCAAAGCAUGAUGGGUAGAUUUGUCCGGGUGGAGAGACAGGUGGAUGACAUGGAGAAGAAGUUGGACUUCCUGGUGGACAUGCACAUCCAACACACGGAACACCUGCAAGUGGAUUCUUCUGGCACCGCCCGCAUGACCAUGGAACCCUGUGACCCUGCAGGUGGUACCGCGAUCCGACACCUUUUCUUCAACUACACUGAGGAAUUUCCGCACAUGUCGCUGCCUGCCGGCUACGGCGGCACUAACAGAGGUGGACGAGGAGAAGGACGAGAGGCGGGACUGCCGGGCUCCGUAGCCGCCGUCCUUCAACCACCACUGCUGUAUCGUCAGCAAUGCCAACUUCCAGCUGCUGUCCCCACCUACACCGAGCGUCCAACAGUCUUGCCCAUCAGUUCCCUUCAGGACUUGCAGGUAUUGGGUUGUGGGGAGAGCCUGUCUUUAGGGCCUGGCAGGACCAGAGGGGGGCGUGGGGCUGACUCACCACUUUCCAUGUUGUCAGUGAACCAUGAAGAGCUGGAGCGCUCGCCCAGCGGCUUUAGCAUCUCUGCUGAAAGGGAAGGGGAGGGGUUUUCCACAGGGGCCAAAGUGGCGAUUGGAGACCCCGGCUGGAUGAGACCCAGACCGAGCUACCUGGCAGAGGGUGAAACAGACACGGACACAGACCCCUUCACGCCGAGCGGGGGAGCCUUGCCGCUGUCCUCCACGGGGGAAGGGUUUGGUGAUGCAGUGUGGAACACUCCACCCUGAGAGAAGGCGGGUUCACUUGUAUUUGGGCUGAAAUCCAUGCUUAAUUUGAGACCUUAAAUCCAACCCAUGCCUCUAAACCCAGGUUGGGUCAAAGCCACAGCAGUGGACCGUGUGAAGGACAGGUCGGUGUACACAGCUGUGACGUCAUAGACUUCACAGGUUGCUGCCAAACUGGCCAGCCAAUAGGCAUCCCGACAGAGAGCGAUGACAUCAAGACUGCGUGGAAAAAAAUCAUAGUUUGUAAAGUGAACUUUGUACAGCGCACUCUUUGCAAAAAUGUAUGUCAAAGAAAGCAAACACUAGUCUUCAUACUAUAUUCACCUGAAAGCUUUAUCGCUGCAAAGCCAACCGCACUGCAUGAGACGCAUGUGAUUCUUAGUGUAGAUGCCGCAAAGGUCGGGUUAUCAGGAAAUACCCAUGAAUGGAAAUAUAUAAAUGCUAUGCCAUUUUCUAAUCCUUAUUUAUUUAAUUUUUUAUAU